AUCGUAUUCAGACACUCGCGACACAUCUCUUCUCUUGCGCAAACAUCAAGAUCACUUUCUUUCAAUUCGCAGUUGCUCAAGAUACCAUUGAAUCACGUAGCCUCGCUCAAUCACACAGAAGAAACCAUGGCUUGGGGGCGCACUGCAGAGGCGAAAGCACCCCGCUCAGCCUUGAGCAAACUUCUACCUCUCGUCAUCCUCUCCGUUGUUCUGGCAGGUUUCGCCUUUGUUGGCUACCACCUCUACCUCACAUUUCAAAAGAUCUCCUCGACCACGUCCGAGAAAAUGCAGAAGAAGAAUGUCGUAUUUACAAAAGAUGGCAUGAAAGUGGGAGUCAAGGAGUUAAAAACAGAAAACUAUGUCGAUACGACACAAAGCUUCUUGGUUAAAGCGUGGAAUCUCAGUGAAUGGCCAGCAUACAAGAGCAGGUUGGGGUGGAAUAAGACUGCUGCUCCUGAACCAGCAGCUACGUCAAGGAAACCAUUCUCGCGACACUCUUCAUCAACGAAAUAAAUCCGCAAUACCACCCGUCUCACACUUCUCGUUCGCAUAACGAUACCCAGUCCUUCAUAUUUCUCGACACGGUCUAUUUGCAUACAUCAGGAGGCUUUCAAUCUCUGUUUAUAGUACGGGAAACGGUCGGGUUGUUUGAUUACUUACGAAUGAAAUGAUCAAUGCUUACGAGC